GUGGGGGGGGGGAUUCGUGUUACCGCAGCGGCCUCGCUCAUCAGUGAAAGGGACAGACGCCGCAGCUGGCGGCUCCACUCGGCGCAACUCUCUCGCAGCACCGCCACACGCGCCCGUCCGAUUGCACAUUUAAAACAACGCACAUUGACACGUUCGUGCUGUAUUGGGGGCUCCGUUGGUCGAGACAGCAAAUGGGUGAGGAGGAGGAGGAGGUUGUUUUGAGCACGGUGGAGAGGUUCUCCAGCCCCGGCAAGGGGAGAGGGCUCCGUGCUGCUCGGGGCAGCUUCUCCCGGGGCGAUCUGCUGCUCGUUGCGCAACCAUUCAGUGCCACCCUCGCCGACGAUGAACGGGGAAGAUUCUGCGACCAUUGCUUCGCCAGGAAGGAUAAGCUGUCUCACUGUGGGAAAUGUAAGCAGGCGUAUUACUGCAAUGCACAGUGCCAGCGAGCCGAUUGGCCAUCACACAGGCUGGACUGUGACGGCCUGCGGCAGCUGGGCCCACAGUGGACACCUGGGGAGAGAGUGAGGCUGGUUGCCCGGAUUCUCAUCAAGCUAAUGAACAAAGAUAAGUGUGCUUCAGAGGGGUUGUUGACGCUUGAGGAGAUGGAGUCACAUAUGGAGGAGCUGGAUAACGAGCAGAGGGAGGCCAUCGGGCAGGAGAUCACGGCCCUGCACCACUACUACUCGCGACAGCUGGAAAUUCCCGGGAACGAGGAGAUGGUGGAGAUAUUUUCCAAGGUGAAAUGCAACGGAUUCACAGUGGAGGAUGAAGAGCUUAACCACAUUGGGGCUGCCCUGUAUCCAAGCCUCGCUCUGCUCAACCACAGCUGUGACCACAACUGCGUGGUGACGUUCAGAGGCAGCGCUGCUCAAGUCAGAGCUCUCCGGGAGAUAAAGCAAGGGGAGGAGCUGUUCAUCAGCUACAUUGAUCUGCUGUACCCGACGGAGGAUCGCAACGAGCGUCUGCGGGAGAUGUACUUCUUCACCUGCCACUGCUGCCACUGCCAGAGCCAACACCUGGACGACAAGAAGCUGGCGAUCCGCGAGCUCAGCGAGCCGCCCAGCCCCGAGUCCGUGCGCGAGGUCAUUAAAUACUCCAAGUUCAUGGUGGGAGAAUUCCGCACAGCCAAGCGCUCCAAGACUGGCACGGAGCUGCUGGAGAUGUGCGAGCGGUGUCUGGAGAGGCAGGCGAGCGUGCUGUCGGAGAGCAACGUGUACCUGCUCCACAUGGCCUACCAGGCCAUGGGCGUCUGUCUCUUCGUCGAGCAGUGGGAGAGGGCACUGGACUACGGCCUGCAGGUCAUCAAGCAGUACUGUAAACUGUACCCACGUCUCUCACUGAACGUGGCCUCGUUAUGGCUCAAGAUUGGCCAACUUCAGACCAACCUGGAUCACACAAGUGCAGCGACCAAGUCCUUCAGCAAGGCUCUGGCGAUAAUGGAAGUCACCCAUGGCAAAGAUCAUCCAUAUAUCGAGGAGCUAAGAACAGCCGUGAAAUCCAGAGCUGGGAAGAUUUGACGACCUUUCACAUGGUGCCUCUCGAAAGCUGGAAACCCCCAACAAGCCACGCCCAGCGAGACGCGGCUGACGAUGACAUCACCAGUGGAUGCCAAUCAUCUCCCAUGCAGCAACACGCGAGAACAGUUUGUAACCCCCCCCCCCCAAACUAUUUCGGAGCUAUUCGAGGAAUCUAAUAAUUAAAAUUCAUCAAACAAAUAUACGGUAAUACAAUAAAUGACUGAAACCGAUAUCCCAAGCUCUAUUAUUAAUCCUAAGAUAAUCGCAUAACAUGACAGUUGCAUGUAUAGUUUCCUCAUGGUAUUUUGAUGUGUAAGUGAUUGAGUCAUGCUUGGCAAAUGGAAGGUAAUGGACUAAUCGCACCUCCGAUUAGCACGGUUGGCUCCACACGCUGCAAGAUAAGUUCGACGUACCUACCAUUAAUCGAAUUAAACUCCAUUAAAUUUCGAUUUAAAGCUUUCGUGACUGCAAUGAUUCAUCUUCUUUGGUUCUUUCGGUAAAGUCACGUAGAAUGAGAAUAAAAUAAUAAAUUGAUCAAAUA